UUUACGUUGUGUGUGUGUGUGUGUGUGUUUUUGUUAUCUGCAUCAAUAUAGCAAUUAAGAAUAUUUACUUAAAAUGUUGCUGAGAGAUUCAACGAUGUUCUUUAAUAAACACAGUUUUUGUUUAUUAGAUAUAUCAAAGAAACAAUUCUGUACACGUAAUGAAUUUUUGGGAAAGUCGCUUCACGAAUCCACGACAAAGGCCGUCCGUCCAUAUUGGAUGCGUUGAAGUGCGUUGUGCUUCUACGAGAGUACGGCGGGCACAGGCGGAGGCACGGCCCGGCGGCACACUCGCCGCCCGACCGCCCGGCGCCGCGCACGUACCGCCGCCCGCGAGCCCACAACUUACGCGCCUCCAGUGACAAACUCGAAACAUGUGCUAAGUGACCACUGCAAAAUGAAGGGCCGACAUCAAUUCCGACGCAGGUUCAGCUUGCAACCGUCGUUUUUAAAGGAAGAACACGAAGACGAAAGGAGGCCCCACAGGACCGAGCGAACAGAAGAGACAGUCCCCAGUAGCGCCAACCUCACCAACAAUGCAGUACGCCAUAAAAUUGUCGUGCUAGGGGCCGCCAAAGUUGGCAAAUCGUCACUGAUAACACAAUUCCUCUACAACACGUUUUCUCCUAAGUACAAACGAACAAUCGAGGAAAUGCACCAUGGAGACUUCAAUGUCGCUGGAGUUAGAUUGACUUUGGAUAUUUUAGAUACCUCAGGAGCUUACGAAUUUCCUGCCAUGAGGGCUUUGUCUAUGCAAUCGGCAGAUGCCUUCAUCCUAGUAUACGAUAUAACGGAUCCUGACAGCUUUUCAGAGGUGCGGACGUUACGGGAUCAGAUUCAUGAGACGAAAGCUAGCACGGCCGUGCCAAUAGUGGUGGUGGGGAACAAGGUAGACCUGGCGGAGACAGGAGCAAGACAGGUCGAUUUCCAUACAACCGAAUCCGUAGUCACCGUCGACUGGGAGAAUGGUUUCGUUGAAGCUUCAGCCAAAGACAACGUGAACGUGUCCCAGAUCUUCAAGGAGCUGCUGGUGCAGGCCAAAGUGAAGUACAACCUGUCCCCCGCGCUGCGCCGGCGCCGGCGCCAGUCCCUCCCCACCGGGCCGCAGGGCGCGCCGGGCACUCCUCCCACCACCGCCCCCCACGUACCCUCGCCCGCGCAGCUAGCGCACCUUCAACAGAUUAGAGAACGGCACGCUAACAGCAAACGCAACUCUUGCGUCAUUUCUUAAAGGUUUAAAUCAAUUUGUAGGCUCUCAAUAUUAAAACAAUGUGUGGAUACGUGGUAAAUAUCCCAAAAAGAUUCUCCACCUGCUAUGGCCAUUAUUGACAUUGAAUAUAAUAUAAAAACAUUUGUCAACGUUUGCCGCCAUAAAUCACAAAUACGUUUGUCUGGGUAUCGACUUUUCAAAACCAAUUACCUUUUACUUCAUUUUCAUUUGAACGUCUAUUGUUACCUUAUCGCGAAUUUCAUUUAAAUCCCCACAAGAAGCUGUUGAAAACUUUUGCUUAACGGCGAGAGUUUACCCCUUAAAAUAAUGCUUACUGCUUCUGUGUCAUUUAUAAUUAUAAUUACUUAUGACAGUUAUAUUUAGAGAGAUAAAUUAACAAAACUUGUUACAAAUGUUUAACAAAGUUUUUGUUCAUUAAUUAUUUGCAAUUAACGUUAAACAUUUUAUUUCAAUGAACUAAUUCCAAGUAAAACGCCAAUAAGUAAGUUCCUAUGCAAUUUAAUUUCAAAUUUUCGAAACUCUAUUUAUAUUAUAAUCUGUGGAUGGGUUACCUGCUACCUGCUUUGCCUAGGAUUUAUAUCCGUAAUAAAUAACUUAAAGAUUACUACGGUAGAAAGGGUUUCCGAAUAAAUUGGAAAACAGCUACAGGAGCUACGGUUAAAUCCUCCUACCAUUUUCCACAAGUUUAAGUGGUUUCCAAUUAUAUUAUCAGGUAAUUUAAUAUAAAUUUAUACCUCUAGUAGAUUUAAUAUACCUGUAAAUCAAGGAACUAUAACUAUACUUAUUCCAUUACUCUUACUGCCAAUUACCUCUGGUCAAUUUGGAAAGCACAAAAAAAAACUUUUCCAAUAGUUUUCCUGUAAGACAAUGCCCAAUUCAAUUGGGUACUUGACACAUGUUGAAUAUUAUAACAAAAUUUAGUUAAAUGGAAAGAAAAUAACCCAUCCAUUAUAAAAAAGUGGAAUUCAAAAAAUUAUAUUGAGAUUAUAAAAAAAUACAAGGCUCCGAAGUCUCAAAAAAAAAUUUUAUUUUGUCUUUCAAAAAUAGAAAAGAAAAUGGUACCAUUCGAUUCCUUACAUUUUAUUGAAAAAUAAAUUGUAUGACAACUAUACACAUAAACGCAAUAUUUAAGGGUCAAAAUGGCAAUUUCCUUGAUCUUCCAUACAUUUAGGACAGAUUUAUAUGAUGUGACGUCACAUCACCUUAUCACUUUGUUAGAGGCGUUUCAAUCGUCGACUGCGAGCGUCAGACUUUAACUCUCAAUUCUGACCUUUGUGUUGCUUAAAUUCCAUGAUUCCUAUAUAGACAUUUGAUCCUCAGGAAAAUCAAGAUCGUUUGACAUUAUUUACAAAAAACAGUCAAGUAGCCAAUUCCACUGUUUAAAAGUAAAAUAAAUACACAUUAUAAUGUUGUAUAUGUCUAAUAACGCUAACGCUAAGCGAAAUUUUUACGUAAGUUUAGAUUAUAUUUCAGAGCAAUGGAUGUAAAAAUACAUGUUAGAUAAGAAAGAUGGUAUCUAUGACUGGAUUAUCGGUAAGUUGAAUGUAGGGAGGACUGUGUAGGAGCUGGGACCCGCCAGUUCUUGUAGAGAAACAAAAAUUGACUGAAUGUAUUGUAUGAAACUUCAGAUGUGUCCUAGUUAGGUGUGAUUUCUUAUCGUGAAUAGUAAGUAGUUCGUGUUGUCCUCUUGCAUAAAAUUCAAAAGUAAAAUAAUAGGUACUUAACUUUAUACACUUAACACUAGCGAUAAAAGCAGGUUCACAAUUCUUUUUCCAUUCGCUUAAUACGUGUAUUUACGCCUUAUCCGAAUAAGAUGAUUAGAGCAAAGCUCGGAUAAUUCAAUUAAUAGAUCUAGCCAUGCGCCUCAUGCAUGCAAAAAAUCGAAUCGGAGAGCGGCAAAAACGACGCGAUGUUAUGCGAUCGUUUGUAUUUGUAAAAGUGAGGACUACUAACUAGGAGCGUUACCACGACUGCCUUAGCAGUGUCAAACUGACGUAUUCGGUAACGUCAGUAACGUCUGCGUAACUUACAUACAUCUCGCUCGCACUAAUAUGCGUGAAUAUGUCAGUAUCAAACUAAUGGUAGCCAUAAAUCGACACUGCUUUAUAUACGAGCAUUCCCGUAAAAUCACGCAUCGCGUCGCUUUUAACGUUUAAUUAAGACAAAACUAAUCGCCGGCGACUGUUGCAGUGUCAUUUCGUUCAUUUUCCGGCUGCACCUUAUUUCAAUGACCUUCAUAUAUAUUACGUUGCUGUAUUUAGAAUGUUUACUUCUUUCGUUAGUUUUUUUUUAUAUAUAUCUAUGCGUAGUCACAUAGUCCGGCGACACAUCAUUAGCAACUUAAUUUUUGGGGCGUAUACUUUGCACUGUUGCGUAAUAAAUUAAAUUAGUUGAUGAAAUGGGUAAGGUUUUACUACGAGUACAUUCCAGGAAUUUAAAAGUUAGCCAUAGUUUCUAGUUGUAAUAACUUAACUAAUAUUGAUACUUGCUACCACAUAAAUGGGUUUAACUUCAUACGUUACACAAAUCGAUCGUGAUGUAGGCAAAUUGGCGUGUCAGGUGCAUGUUACAUGGUACGCAUCAUGCACAGCUACAUGCCUUGGAUAUCCAAUCGCGAUUUCAACAAAUAGAGACUCAUGUUGUAAUCUUGCGACAGCCAGAAGGCAUAUUCAGAAACACGGAUAGAUAUGUGAUAUGUGUAUAUGCAACCAGUUUUGUGAAAUAUUUGCACUUUGUCCGUUUACUUGAAUGGCGCUGCCUUAGAAUCCUCCUAGAAUAGAAAUAUCAGGUCAUAGAGGAUAGUUUCCAGGGCAAAAAUAAUAAUAAGAGGAUAUGUUAAUCUAUGUUUGACGUCUUAUUUCGGAAUAUUCGUGGAUCGCGGACCGAGCGACCAAAUACAUGCGUGGUAUUUACCAUAUUUUAUAUUGUAAUAGAUACUCCAGCGGUGUCUACUUAGUAAGUCAUUAUAUUUAAAAAAAAAUCACAGUAUACAUAUUUUUAAGAAGAGUGGCCAGCCUUUAAUAUGAAGGAACUUUUGAAGUCAUGUAAUUUGUUCCACAAAUAACUAACAUGAGGCUACAAAAAUAUAAAUGGUAAGUUAUGAACUAUCUGUCCCUUCUAACUAGUAUAAUCUACCUCGUAUUUAUCAUAAAAUCUACUUUAAAUUUACCUGGUAAAGUAGACAUUUAUUUCAGUUUUGUAUAAUAUUCGAUCUAAAUAGUUAAGUUGGAAUCCUUCUAAUUCAAUGAAUUUAUAAAGUUAACUUAAAGUAUUUCAAGUUUAUGGAUGUGCCUUUUUUAUGAAAUAGGGAUCCUUAGUUCCCAGAUGUAACUAUGUUGAUUAUAUUCUGUUCUAUUGAAAAAUAAUUGAUAUAAACAUAAAUUGAUAUUCCCUUAUUUUACCGACAAACUAUUUGCCAAAUUUCAUGUCACAAUAAAAUAAAAUAAUUAGGUAGGUACCUACUAGAUCCUAGACUUUUUAUAACAUUUGUGUAUCAUUAUUUUUAUUUGAAACAAGAAUUUAUCUAAGACAUUUUUCUGUUAAUUAUACGAGGUAAAUAUUGGUGCUUUGGCAAUAUGGAAUUAUGUACUUACGUAAAAAAAUGUAAAACAAAAUCCUUUAAGACAAUUGUCGGCAAAAUAAGGGUUUACCCAUCAACAUGGCAUGGCAUAAAAAUUACAUUAGAAUAUAAUAUUAUGAUGAUAAUAUAUAUUAAAGCAAGGACACAAUUUGCCUAUCUUUAUACCUACAUAUAAAAUAUAUUUCUACCACUACAAAACCAAUAAUAACAAAAUAUUGAUGGUUAUGAAAUAUAAUACUAUAUGCUAUAUGAAAUACGUGAUUGUCUUAUUUAGCACUGAGGAUUUGAAAUGUGUAGAGUCCUUGUAUGAUAAAAAUUUCGGUAUAUUCUGUGUUUUGCAUACUUAUAAUACUUGAAACAGAUGUUUUAAUACGACUACUUAAGGAAAUAAUACAGAAUGUUUAUAACAUUGUCUUUGAAUAAAAAUUAAUAUUAUACUUCA